AUGGCAAGAGAAGGGGUUGCAAUAAUAGACUUCGAGUCCUGGCGGCCGGUGUUCCGGCAGAAUUUUGGAGUGCUCGUACCUUACAAGGAUGUUUCUUACGAGAUUGAGAGGAAAAUGCACUGGUGGUGGCCGAAAUCGUGGAUUACUACUGAGGCGAAGCAGCGUUUUGAAGAAUCAGCAAGGCGAUUUAUGCAGAACACAAUAUCAACGGCUAAGCAGUUGAGACCUAAGGGCAUCUGGGGCUACUACGGGUUCCCGUACUGUUUCAACAAACCUAGCAGUAUGAUAGAAAGUUGCCCGAAUCAGGUUGUUUCUGAGAACGACGAGACCUACUGGCUCUGGGCGGAAAGCACAGCUCUGUAUCCCUCCGUAUACAGUUCGCAAGACCUCUCGUCAUCUGAACUGGCUUCCCUCAUCCAGGGUCGGAUGAGGGAAGCCUCUCGUCUCAGGAGACGAGGUACUCCAAUUUUACCAUAUUUCUGGUAUAGGUACCAGGAUGGAGGGUUCUUGAGAGAGCAGGAUCUAUCGAUCGCUCUACAAUCUCUGUAUAAAUCAAACGCAUCGGGCGUCAUAAUAUGGGGUAGUUCCAACGACGUCAAUACUGUAGAAAAAUGCAACAAACUAAAACGCUACGUACAAACCACACUCGGUCCCUACAUAGCUAGAUACACAAAGGACAUACACAAAAUAAAAGACGAUUACACACCAGAACCUACCGACGUAUGGGACCUAAAACCUAACCUAAAUAAAACUCAGAACACAAUUCCUGAUCAAGAUCCUGAGUAUAAUUGGAUUCCACCAGAAAAUUAUACACACGAAAUAAUAAACAACGUGGAACAAGAAUUGAUGAAAAAGGGUUAUGAGGAAUUUAAUAGAACAAAUUUGGUCAAUGAAAGCAUCAUAUUCGAAAUGCUGUUGAAUUCACGGCCGACGGAAGAAAUUGAGAAGGAAAUGACUAAAAACGAUAAGAAUGUUAAAAUUGAAAUGACAAGUGAAGCUACUACUUCUACUACUGGUACAACUACGGAAUUAGUUAGUACAUUAGAUAAUAAUUACACAGAAACUACACAACAAACAACAGAAUCUGUUGAUUCAACAACAGAUUAUACAAUAGUACAAUAUAGUACGACAGAAUCACUUCAAAUUGAUUCUACAACAAGUCAAGCUUUAAAUAAUGAUGAACUUUUUGAAAAUUAUAAAAUAUAUGAUGAUCAAUUUGAGAAUGACAAAAUUGAUGAUGAACGUUUUGAAAAUGAUAAAAUAGAUGAUGAUUUUUUCGUUCUAUUUACAAACGUAUCACAAAUAGAUGACAUCACAACUGAAGAGAGCAUUAGCAGUAAGAGACCUAGAAGUGUUGGUGACCUAGAUGCUAAAUCUGAAACUACAACUGAGUAUUUUGAAGACAAAUUUCUGGAAAAUUCUACAUUUCAUCUCCUAACUCCGGCCGCUUCAGACGAGGAGGGUGACUUCUCAAAUGCGGCGAUUUCUUCAAACAACUUCGUUUAUACUAUUGCUAUAUGUGUGAUAUUUAUGUAUAUUUAACUGUUAUAUUAUAAAAAAUUUGGCUUUUUGUGUGAUGUGUAGAAAGAGCUGUUUGCUGUGUAGAGAAAAUUUAGCGAAAUAUUUUUCGACGUCAUUUUAAUAUGUACCUAUAAUAUACAGGUUUUAUAGUCAUUGUGAUAAGUCCUUAAGAACUGUAUUUGUUUUUUCCCUAUCUGUUAUUUCUAUAUAACAUCUCUAACUAACAACUUGACUGUUUCAUCGUGUCAUCAUUGGCAACUUUAUUACUUAAGUUACUUUUAAGUUCAAGUAUAUUUUAUAAUAAGUUUAAAACGUUUAACUUAUCUGUGAUAU